GCUGGUAAAGGCAAUUUGUCCAAAGUAACAGAUUUUUUCUCGGUUACCGUCUGUUACCGUCUGUUACCAUCUAACACCGCUCGGCGGCCAUCUAUAUGGUCACCGGUCACCGGUCACCGGUCACCUCCGAUCUCGUCCACAGCAUUCCACGGCAUCCUCCACAGGAUGGGGAACCAAAACGCGUCGUAGCCGUGAUGAAGAUGUCCAAGUAUCCCUCUUCGCCGCGCUGCCCUAGCCCGUUUUGUUGUGCGCUUCAAUAAUCCGGCACUCACGAAUCCGCGCGAGCUUGAGCGAGAGGCCAGCUCAGUUCACUUUCGUUUUCAGAAGGUUCCAGUCUGGCACAAGAUCAAGUUCGCACUGCACGAAUACCAAGGUCUCGGGAUAGGAGAAGACACUGAUGAUGUUGUGCACGCUAAGCCGCAGCGAUCCACUGCUCGACAAAACAGCGUACCAGGAAGAUUCGACACGGUUCUUGUGCGCGACGGCAAUGCUGGUAGGGGUGGACUUGAUGGUGCGUGGUUUUCUUCUUCGCGAGCAGUAUGAAUCCUCACUGGCAUCGCAACAUUGCUUGAAAGUUGGUAGAGUGCGACUUAUAUUCAAGGUCCCUGCAAAACAAGUCAGUGAUGUGUUCCCCAAUGCUUCACGUGCUCCGUCGCACCUGGCAUAUACUAUCGUCGUCGAAUGGUUCACCGCAUUCACAAGGCCAGAUGCAAACCACGGCUUGUAUCGAAUCUCACCAGCUGUCACUGCGGGCAAUCAGCAUCUCGCCAGACCGGACAUCGGACCUGUCAGGGUUACACAUCGCGUCGCCGUGACCACAGUGAACGGUAUUAAGCGCCGACUGAGCCCUUGCACCGACGAGCAUGGUAUGUCAUUUAUCCUCGUUCCUCCUCUGGGUGUACGCUCCCGAGUCGCUAUCAUACCAUGUAUGUACAUUCUGCUGACUUGACAAAACCAUCAGAUCAGCAAGUAUGUGCGAGACGGACGAGUAAUGCUGUUUCCGAGGCUGCACCUGCGUUCGUGCCGAAGCGCUCAAGGAGCGGUCACCGCGACGCGGGUACUAUGUAUGUGCAUGGCAUGCACGCCUCACGCCUUCUACAUAACCUAGUUUCAUGUAUGCUCAAUGCUUUACUUGCAAUGUCGCGCCGCCUUUUGUCGACUUACCUCGUACUAUGUGGCUACCAAUGGAAGUCGUGUCCAGG